AUGCCUUCCGAUUGUAUGUUGCUUCCAUGGAGCUCGGCACAGGUGAGUCGACAAGUUUCGUUGCAUUUUUUGGUCAAUUUCGAAGAGAAAAUGUACAAUUUUCGAGAAUUUUGCGGAUUUUUUGAACCGACAAAGUCGCGCCUAAAUUUUUUAUUGGGUUUUUGCUUUUUUCGGGAUGGAGAAGGUUCCCAGUCGUUCAUGGAGAAGCUCUGUUGUUUUUACAAGUCAAAACGAUGCGAAGUAAUUGAGUUUUUAUCAAUUUUUGGGAGUUUCGAAAUUUAGGUAGCUAUCUGAAACUAAAAUAAGGUCGCUAAUGGUUAUGCGGAUGUUAUUCUUAGAAAGUUUACGUUGAUCUAACGUAUUAGGCCCCAUGUGGCUGGCCAAGUCAGUUUUAGCUAGUAAUUACCUGGAUUCUCUGAUUUUUUGAAAGACUUUUCCAUCAACUGUUAUGGAUAACACAAAUUUGCUAAUUUCUCCUCUGUUUGCAGCAAUUCGACGCUUAUCAAUUGAAGACUGAAUCAUUCCGACCAAAUCUGUACAUUUACGACUACAACUCCAGCUCCAGCGCUACCACUCCGUCUUCAGAAGAGCCGGAUUCCGAAUCAACUUCGGCUGAAUCUCCGACCUGUAGCCGGCUGAAUAACAGUUUUGAGGACGCCAAACUUCAAUAUGUAGACGAAAGAAGGUACACUGAAUCUCCUGGGUUUAAAUUAAAAGGUGAGUUGAUUUAAAUUUGUUUGUUUUUUCUGGGGUUUAGGCAUGACUUGAAUUUGAUCAUGAGUAAUAUCAAAAUAUCUUUGAUAUUGAUGAUGAAAGUGUUUGUUGAGCUAGAUAUGGUGUUUUAAGGCUAUUAUAAGGUCUGAUUCUAGCUUCCGAACAAUCCCACCACUCCAAAUGGCGGGAACAUCUUCACCAUCGAGCCGAUUUCCGGAAGCGCCGAAAACUGGAUCAACCCAAGCUUGUGGAGCCUAAAUCGGGGCGCAUCCACAAAAUCCUCAGCCAGGAUACGCUGGAUCAGCUCGAGCGACGGAGGAAGGUCAAAUCAUCCAAGAGGGAUGAGAACUCGAAUAUAGUUCAGCUCAAAGAUCGGCUCGACCCUAGUUCGGUGAGUCAGUUUGCGAGUUUUUUGUAAUGCCAUUUGGCCCGAAAUUAUCGGGAUGAAUCAUUAAUGGAAAAAUAAUGGGCAAAAGUCUUGUUUAUUUGUGGAAUUUGGAUGUUUAUAUUGUAGUAGGUGAUUUGAAUGGUAAUUUAGGGGGAAAUGAGGGUUUUUGGGAUUAAACAGAUGUGAAAUGGGUUAACAAUGAAGGCCGAUAUCAACAUCGACUUUUUGCGUACUGUAAUUUGUGGGGUUAUUUUGAAUUUUGAUCACUUUUGGCGAUUUUUUAUCAAAUUGACCUAAAGUAAUAUAAAAAAUGUCGAAAAUCACGUUUUUCUUAUGAAUGGAAACCUAAAGCAUCAUUGACUGUCUAGAUUAUCACGAGAACGAACAAUCAGACACGUUUUUCACCCGUUCCUUCUUCGAAAAUAUUGUUUUUGAGCCGAAAUUUGUCAAAAUUGAUGUCCUCCCCUCUCUUUUAUCUCCAAGACCGCGAACAGCUCGAAUUUCCGGCUGAACCUUUAUUCCAUUCGCUUUCACGGGCGUUCUCCUCGGUUUGUGAUCGGAUUUCUCGCGCGAGAGCUCGCGGAAAAAAGGUUUGUUUGUCUUCCAAAACCCCACUACUUUAACAUGCCGUUAGAAAGCAGUAACUCGUGUUUUUCGUCUGCUUCUCGAGAUGGGAAGUGGAACGGAGGUUUGUUUUCCCUGUAGAGUACAAUUUAGCGGAACAUUGGGGGGAUCGGAGCGGGUCCUGAUCUUGAUUUAGAGGUCUGGAGGGACUGCAUUGUGCAAAAAUUUUUUUUAUUUUUGCCGAAAAUACGUUACUAGAAGAUCAAAAAUUGAAGAAAGUGGUUGUUAAAUUAAAUUUAGAGGCUAUUAUGCUUGAUUUUGAGGUGUAUUGAGCGAGAACUCGAUAUUUUUUUGGAUGACUUAUAUUGGACAUGGCAGUUUUGAUCGAAAAUCAUCGUUUUUUUUUUGUGUUAUGCUGCUUUGAAAAGACCUGUAACGUCUUGAAAGCACUAUUUUAUAAGCGAUGUAACCAAUUUUUGACGAAUUUCAAUGAAAUUUAUAUUGUUUUCGAUAGCUGAUAUUGCACUAGACAAUUUUUGAUCAAAAUUAAGUUUAUUCCUGGAUUUUAUAUGUGGAAUGUCCAUUAUUUGUCUUAAAAAUCCUUUUGUGUUCGCAGAUUUUGUCUUUUUUGGCUCAAUUUUGUCGCAAAUUAUAUUGUUCAUGACGUCAAACCCCUUGAUUUUUAAUUCAAUUUUUGAAGGAAGUCAUGGUAGAAUAGGGUUGUUAAUAGAAUAAAAGGGUAUUGUAAGAUGUUUCAACUUUGAAUUAGUUUGAUUUUGAGGUUUUUAGAUCGAAAAAUUGACAUUGUUUUAGAUGAUCUAUGUUAUACUAGACAAGUUUGAUCAAAAAUUUUUAUGAUUUUACAAUUUAAUUAGUGGAAUAGACCCUAUAGAUCUCAAAAAUGAUAUGCAAUUUAAGAUUUUGCAAAUUUUUUGAUCGAAUUUUAUCGAAAAUUAUAUUAUUCUUGAGAUCGAACCUGUGUUUUUUCGAUUACCCAUUCCUCCCUCCGGAAAAGCAGCUUGACCCCAAUUCCCAUUACAAACUCUUCCACGAUUACCGUUUGUUGAGAAAUCAGCGAAAACACCAUCGCUUUUUCAUUUUUCCGACGUCAUUUCCGUUAAUAACAGCCUUCAGAAGACAGUCUUCAUAAAAACCGACGCUAAACUCCCACUUUUUCUCAUUCCUUCCAUGCUGCUUUCCUCCCACGGAAGCCCGAUUGAAAGUGGGAUAAACGCUGAACUCGGCGUUGAAAGUCGGAUAAACGCUGAACUCUUCGCUUUUCGUGUUUUUUCAAUCGAAAAUUUUUCGAAUUUCGGAAACCCAGCCCGGUUUAUGCGAUCGUACCUGAUACAUUGGACGAAACUUGUUGGAUUCGCGCUCGGGACCGCGAUUUUGGCGUGGAGAUGCAAGCUCUGGGCCUGUCAUGCGUACUGUAACCGGAUUUGCUUCGGGCGAAAUGUAAAUUGUGGGGGGUUUUUGGGGGUUCAGAAAAAAUUAAAUUUUUUUGGGGAAAAGGCUGGAUGGAUCAGAAAAUUAUGGUGGUUAGUGGUUUGAGGGGGAACUAGAAUGAUUUUAUUAAACACAUUUUUUUUAAAUUAAAUUUGGUGGGAAAAUUGAGAUUUUUUCGAGUUUUUUUUUGAUUUUUUUUCAAAUUUUUUUGGUAAAGAUCUCAAAAUUUUGUAAAAUACACUGGGGGGACCUGAUCCAGUGGCGAAACACGUACCAUUUUGCAUCCGGGAAGUACCAAAAACGUGGCAAAAUGCUUCACUUUUGGUGGGGGAAAGGGCCCUUCAAAACGAAGUUUUUUCACUUGGAGAGGGAAGCAUUUUUCCACAUUUUUGAUACUUCCCGGAUGCAAAAUGCUACGUUUUUUGCCACUGGAUCAUUACAAACUUAUGAAUUUGUAAUGCGGCAUUAUCUCGCCGCCUGAGCCAAAUUUUUUCGUUUUUCAAUAUGAAAAAAGAAGUCUUUUGACAACUUUUAAAAAUUUUGGCCGGUUUUUUUGGGAAAUUUUCGGUGUUUGAAGAAUAAAAUGAGAAAAGAAUGCUGUGUAGCCAACUUAUUUUGGGUUGCAAGACCUCUAGGAGUAUGAUACUAUCAGUUUCAACCAGAAAUUUUUACAAAAAAAUCAAGAUUUUUGCCCGUUUUUCUAACUAGGAAGUCACUUCUAUGGGGUAUAUUACAUGUCGAGACAUAUAUCAAAAAAUCGCAAAAUUUUUCUGAUUCAGAAUAUGUAAAAGUUAGCUGCCUAAUUUUAGUUUGUAAGGGUGAAAAAAUCCUCUGAAUUUUUCUCGCAACACCACAUAAAUGCCAUUUUGACCAAGUUUCUACCAAAUCAAAAGCUUUUUUUUUGAGCAUUUGUGUGGUGUUGCGAGAAAAGUUCCGAGGAUUUUUUCACCCUUACAAACCAAAAUUAGGCGGCUAACUUUCACAUAUUCUGAAUCAGAAAACUUUUGCGAUUGUUUUGAUGUAUGUCUCGACCUGUAACUCCACGCCCCAUAGAAGUACUCUCCUUGUAAGAAAAACGGGCAAAAAUCUUGAUUUUUUGAUAAAAUUUCUGGUUGAAACUGGUAGUAUCGUUCUCCUGGCGGUCUUGCAACCUAAAAUAAGUUGGCUACAAAGCAUUCUUUUCUCAUUUUAUUCUUCAAACCCCGAAAAUUUCCCAAAAUAUCGGCCAAAAUUUACUCUCCUUCAAUAUUUUUUUUUUUUCAAAUUUAAUACUUCGAAUUUUUCCAGCCAAUUGGUCGAAUAUGCCUGCUGGACGAGGAGGACGAACGUUUCGUUUUCGAAAUCAUGGAGCACGAAGUGCUGUGGGACAAGGAAACGGUCAAAGGAAUCUUCGCGCCCGACCUGCGCCCGGUCGACGAGUCCGACGAAUGUGUUUUGGAGAUUUUUGACGACACGAUCGAAGAAGAGCUCCUGGAUGAGUGCUUCUAA